GAUAAAGCCGACCGAUUUGUUCGCUAAAUGGGUGUUUCAUAAGGGCCAGGCUUUAAAAUAAGCAUUUCUUUAAAGGAAAUUCACGAGUUGUCAGGUAGGGUUAUAGAACUAGCAACCAGAGAACGUGUUGGGUUAGUAAUAAUUCUUAACCUAGGAACAAAACAACUUCGUUUACCUAUUUACUAGACAUUUAGCCUAUAUUCAUUCUCAGGUGGUGACGGCUCAAAUCCGCUUCUCGUUUUUGAACUCAGAAACAUGAAUCGAAACUCUCGCGAAUGUGUAAAAUGAAACGACGACCUCUGGCUUUUACUACGCAAGUGUUUGUGAUCCCUAAAAAAAAGCGUCAAUGACGAAAUUCUCAAUGAAUCAUGUCAGGCUGAGCUUUACCAGAAAGGACGGAUCAAAAGAGUUCAUCGAGCCUCUCGGUCCGCACCGAGCCCCGUCAGCUGCGCAGGUGACGGAAGGUGGCAAGUUGGACCUAAAGAUCGAUGCUUACAUUCAUCCCUGCGAAAUCCCGCCUACGCGCAUCUUCCUUUGGAGACGGUCUGAUUUGGGAAUAGCCCUUUUGGCGUCGGUCAUGUAUGCUUUUGCAGUAUCGCCGUGAGCGGAACAGAGACAGAGGCUUGAUCAUGAAAUUCUUCAGAUAUCCUUCAAACGCUCUCCUGGAAUUAAUCAUCAUUAUUCUUCUCAUUCCCAACUCCAGGCUGGAAACCGAAGCAGCAUCCAUGAUGGCAAGUGGGGCGUUGGCAGAAGGAUGUCCCCUCGGCCAGUUCCCCUGUGGAAACUUGAGUGUGUGCUUACCCCAAGUCCUUCAAUGUAAUGGGCAUAGAGACUGCAAAAACGGAGCGGAAGAAGAACACUGCGGGGACAACAGCGGAUGGGCGGACAUCUUUGAUCGCACUAUUAAGAAGGCAGAGACACAGGACCUUCCUAAUGAUUGCUUUCUGCAGCAGUAUCCGGAGAACUGCAUCUGCAGACUGAAGACUGAGGUGGAAUGCGUAGACGUCAACCUCCAUGCCGUGCCUGUUCUCUCCUCCAAUGUGACUUGGUUGUCUCUGAAGAGCAAUCGGAUCAGGAAGCUGGAUGAUUACAUCUUCUCUAAAUAUACACAACUGCAGAGACUGUUUCUCCAGAACAAUCUCAUUCACGUGGUGUCAAACCGUGCCUUCAGUGGACUUAUCAAUCUAACAAAAUUGUUUCUCAGCAAAAACUACAUCACCUAUUUAGGGCCCGGCGUGUUCAGAGAUCUACACAAGCUUGAUUGGCUAGUCUUAGAUCACAAUCCAGUUAAAAGCAUAACCCAAGACACCUUCAACGGAUUGAGGACCCUAACAUUUCUAUCUAUGGUGAACACGUCCCUGAUGUGGCUGCCCGAUUCUAGUCUGUGUCAGCACAUGCCCUUGCUCAGCUGGCUGGACUUAGCCGAGAACUACGUUGAGUUGCUGAAUUAUUCCACUCUGACGACCUGCACCGCACUCACUGUGUUAUCAUUACAUGACAAUCAACUCAUGACUCUUCCCGAAGACAUGUUUAAUUCUCUUGGAUCUUUGGUUGAACUAGAUUUGUCUUGCAACAGAAUUUCAGAUCUUCCUCAUGACACUUUUAAGAGUUUAAAGUCUCUAUAUAAACUGAACAUCUCUCACAACCCUUCACUCCACAUUCAUGCCAGUCACUUCGUUCACCUGAUCCAACUUCAGUCUCUAAGUCUGGAGGGCAUCGAAAUACCAGAUAUACAGACCAAGAUGUUUCUUCCAAUGGGGAACAUGUCACACAUAUAUUUUAAGGAUUUUCAGUACUGUUCCUAUGCCCCACAUGUUCGGAAAUGUAAACCCAACACAGAUGGAAUUUCAUCUGUUGAAGACCUGUUAGCCAGCCUGGUCCUGCGGGUGUCCGUGUGGGUUAUGGCCUUCAUCACCUGCUUAGGGAAUCUCUUUGUUAUAGGAAUGCGCUCAUUCAUUAGAGCGGAGAACAACUUGCAUGCAGCCUGCAUCAAAGUCCUGUGUUUUGCAGACUGUCUGAUGGGAGUCUAUCUGUUCUUCCUGGGGGUGUUUGAUGUGAAAUUCCGGGGUGAAUAUAACCGCAACGCUCUCAUCUGGAUGGACAGCAUGGAAUGUCGAACUAUUGGCUUUCUUGCUAUGCUUUCCUCGGAAGUAUCUGUUCUCCUUCUUACCUACCUGACACUGGAGAAAUUCCUAGUCAUCGUUUUCCCAUUUAUCCAUCUGCGACCAGGAAAGAUGCAGACAGGGUUGGUUCUGGCCUUCAUUUGGAUUCUGGGAUUUGUAAUCGCAGCUGUUCCCUUGCUAAAUGAAGACCUCUUUGGGAACUAUUAUGGGAGAAAUGGAGUUUGUUUCCCUCUGCACUCUGAUAGGCUGGAAAAACCCACAGCCAAAGCAUACUCCACAGGAAUAUUUCUCGGUCUAAAUCUGGUGGCCUUCUUGGUGAUUGUAGUUUCCUAUUCCAGCAUGUUCUGUUCCAUUUAUAAAACAGGCAUCAAUGCCACAGAUGUGCGCAGUCGGCUGCACAAAGACGUUGCCGUGGCAAACCGCUUUUUCUUUAUUGUGUUCUCUGACGCUCUCUGCUGGAUACCCAUAUUCUUGGUCAAAACCCUUUCUCUGCUAAAAGUUGAAAUACCAGGAACAAUAAACUCCUGGGUGGUGAUCUUUAUUCUGCCUAUCAACAGUGCCCUGAACCCCAUCCUUUACACCCUGACCACCAGCUUCUUCCGAGAGCAGGUGGAGGUCCUUCUUUGUCGCUGGCAGCGUCGAUCCGCAUCUAAGAAGGACCGUAAGAGUCUCACCAGCUCCACCAUCUACGUGGAGACCCCUCGAAAUGCAGAAUACCCAGCAAAAAUGACAGUGCAGUGGUCGUCUUUGGCAGAUAUGGAUAACCAGUAUGGGUGAAUAAGCAGUUGAGCGUCAAAGUAUAGGCCUGUCAUAAUCAUUAUCUUCAUUCAGAACAGUGAAUGAUGACUUUACCUGGAAAAUUCCCUUCUAAACGGGUUCCAGUAUGGAAAGCUGCUCCUUUUAGACAUGUGGCUCUAGUUGCCUUUUUAUGCCAGAUACAAGCGCUGAACCCCUCCAGCAUGCCCUCGCAAACCCAUCAUAUCUGGUUCACAGGCCUCGAGUUGGGCUGUUCUUCAUCUCAGAAGCUUUUGAAAGAGAAAAGAAAAGUCUACAAAAACAAGGCACAAAACUGACAGUAUUUUCUGUAAUUUUCUGUAAAUCCUCUUUGAGGAUUCAAAAAGAGACUAUAACAAUGUUGUUUACACAAGGACAGACGGGACGGAUUUGGAGAUUGAUUUUAAUGAGUUAUUUGUAAUGUACAGUAAAGGGAAUUUAUGAUAGCUUUGCUUAUGAUAGCAACUCACUUAGGGCUAUGGUAAUGACAUUCUCAUUUAAUAGUUGGAUGUUACUGGCAUUCCUUUUUUAAACAUAGAAUAACAGAAGCAUGCAAUCGAGAAAAAAGAGGAGCAUAUCAUUCAGAUUCAGCUGUAUAAAACUACAAAGAUUUUGUUUGUUCUUUGUCAUUUUUUACAACAAUGCAACAGCAUUUUAUUUUUUUAUUCAUCUAGACUAUUUAUAAGUUUGUUUUUUUACACAUCCAAAGAUAUGAACAAAUAAUAAUGUUAACAUAAAAGCCUCAAUUGACAAUCUGGAGGCAUCCAUCAUACCAUAGACACCACCAAACCAUAUAUUUUGUAAGACUUCAGUCAAGGCUUAGACCAUUUUUGUGCUUGUGUGUUUUUAAAUGAUGUUAUGUGUAUCACACAUAAAACAGAUUCCAUUGUAUGCUUUUGUAAAAAAAAACUGUUACUGUGUGUAAACAGCACACGAUAUGCUAGAUAAACACAAUUUAGCAUUACCCAAAGAUAAAUGUAAGUUCUUGGUAUCGAGCUUUUAGACCAUCUGUACUACCCGAUUGAAGACGUAAUUUACAUUACAUUUUAGAUUGGAUUGGGAGAGAAAAACCUAGUCGAAGUCAGUUUUGAUGAAGUUGUGCUUUUUGAAAAGAAACCUCCAUUA